UCGUUGAAUCUGCGGUAGUCAGAGUAGGCGGCGAGUGAAGAGACAGAGAUGUUUGAAUAGUUGCUGAGGCGGAAAGAUUGAACAUAAAACCAGCACUGAAAAUCCGUCAAAUUUGAUGCGUUUAUUUCAGUUGACAGUAUUCAACUGUCACAUAAUUAAUGUAUUAAGGCGUGGUAAAAGAAAAAAGCGCCAGGCUUUGUGUACCAAGCAGAAAAACAGCCGGUGUUCGGAGAGCUGACAGUGGCCGCGCGAGGUGAAUCGUUCGCCCCUCACCGGGAGAGCUAGCCAGCAGUAGUAACCCCGAAAACACGGACAAUUUUGUGUGUGAACGGUUGUCCGAUUGAUUUCAAGUCACUACGUUGAAUGAGCAUUGACCUCUCCCCGCAGGCUGAUCAUGGUGCUAACAGGGAAGAAGGGGCCAGUGUGCUGGAAGAAGAGGGUGAAGUCUGAGUACAUGAGGCUACGACAGCUCAAACGCUUCAGACGAGCUGACGAGGUCAAGAGCAUGUUCAACUCCAACCGUCAGAAGAUUCUGGAACGGACAGACAUUCUGAACCAGGAGUGGAGGACUCGACGCAUCCAGCCUGUUCACAUCAUGACCUCAGUAAGCUCUCUGCGGGGGGCCAGAGAGUGUAUGGUGGACAGCAGCUUCUCAGAGUUCCCCAAGCAGGUGAUCCCUCUGAAGACCCUCAACGCUGUGGCGUCCGUCCCUGUCAUGUACUCCUGGUCCCCCCUGCAGCAGAACUUCAUGGUAGAGGAUGAGACGGUGCUCCACAACAUCCCCUACAUGGGGGACGAGGUUCUGGACCAGGACGGAACCUUCAUAGAGGAACUCAUCAAGAACUACGACGGCAAGGUCCACGGGGACAGGGAGUGCGGCUUCAUCAACGACGAGAUCUUUGUGGAGCUGGUGAGCGCCCUCACCCAGUACAGCGACAACGAGGAGGACGAGGAGGAGGAGGAAGAGCAGGACUAUAAACUGGAGAAGAUGGAGGCGUGCCAGACCAAGGAGCACCCAGAGGACCCCCCCAAAGAGACCCCCAACGAGGCCCUCGCAGACCCCCCCAAAGACCCCCUCACAGACCCCCUCAACAGCACAGAGAGCAGAAGCAGUGAGGACUCGAAGAAGUUUCCCUCUGAUAAGAUCUUUGAAGCCAUCUCCUCCAUGUUCCCUGACAAGGGCUCCACAGAGGAGCUCAAAGAGAAGUACAAAGAGCUGACGGAGCAGCAGCAGCCGGGCGCUCUGCCUCCAGAGUGCACCCCCAACAUCGACGGGCCUCACGCCCGCUCUGUCCAGAGGGAGCAGAGCCUGCACUCCUUCCACACGCUGUUCUGCAGGCGCUGCUUCAAAUACGACUGCUUCCUGCACCCGUUCCACGCCACCCCCAACACCUACAAGCGUAAGAACAUGGAGAACCAGGUGGACAGCAAGCCCUGCGGCCUGCACUGCUACAUGUACCUGGUCCAGGAGGGCAUGGUCCAGGAGUACCCAGAGGGAGGGGCGGCCGACCGGGGGAAGACUCCCUCCAAACGCACCACCGUCCGUCGCCGGGGACGACAGCCCAACAGCCGGCCCAGCACCCCCACCGUUGCCUCGGAGACCAAAGACAUGGAUAGUGACAACGAUAAGGAUGACGACCUUGACAACGAUAAGGAUGACGACCUUGACAACGAUAAGGAGGACGACCUUGACAACGAUAAAGAUGACGACCAUGACAACGAGAAGGAUGACGACCUUGACAACGAUAAGGAUGACGACCUUGACAAUGAUAAGAAGGAUGAGACCACCAGCAGCUCAGAGGGGACGUGGCGCUGCCAGACCCCGGUGCAGCUGCUGUGUGAGGCCGAGGCUGUGGACUGGAGUGGGGCCGAGGCCUCCCUCUUCAGAGUGCUCAUAGGAACCUACUACAGCAACUACUGCGCCAUCGCACGCCUCAUAGGCACCAAGACCUGCAGACAGGUUUAUGAGUUUAGGGUGAAGGAGUCCAGCAUCAUCGCUCGUGCCCCGGCAGAGGAUGAGGACACGCCCCCUCGCAAGAAGAGGAAGAGACACAGGUUGUGGGCCACGCACUGCAGGAAGAUCCAGCUAAAAAAAGAUGGCUCCUCCAAUCACGUGUACAACUACCAGCCAUGUGACCACCCCAGGCAGCCAUGUGACUCCUCCUGCCCAUGUGUCACCGCCCAGAACUUCUGCGAGAAAUUCUGCCAGUGCAGCUCUGAAUGCCAGAACCGGUUCCCUGGGUGCAGGUGUAAGGCUCAGUGUAACACCAAGCAGUGCCCGUGUUACCUGGCGGUGAGAGAGUGUGACCCUGACCUGUGUCUCACCUGUGGGGCGGCCGAGCACUGGGGCAGCAAGAACCUCUCCUGCAAGAACUGCUCCAUCCAGAGAGGAGCCAAGAAGCACCUGCUGCUGGCUCCGUCUGACGUGGCAGGCUGGGGCAUCUUCAUCAAGGAGCCCGUCCACAAGAACGAGUUCAUCUCUGAGUACUGUGGAGAGAUCAUCUCCCAGGAUGAGGCUGACCGCAGAGGGAAGGUCUACGACAAAUACAUGUGCAGCUUCCUGUUCAACCUCAACAACGACUUCGUGGUGGACGCCACCAGGAAGGGAAACAAGAUUCGCUUCGCCAACCAUUCCGUCAACCCCAACUGCUAUGCAAAAGUGAUGAUGGUGAAUGGGGACCACAGGAUUGGGAUCUUUGCUAAGAGGGCCAUCCAGACUGGAGAGGAGCUGUUCUUUGACUACAGGUACAGCCAGGCAGACGCCCUGAAGUACGUGGGGAUUGAGAGAGAGAUGGAGCUGGCCUGAGUGUGCUCCCAGCCCUGUCUGGGUCAAUACAACAGCCUUACACACACACGCUCCCUCUCUCUUAUUCACACGCACUCACACACACACUCGCACACACACACACACACACACACUCUCUCUCUCUCACACUUGCACACACACGCUCUGUCCACUCGUCAGGAACCCCAGGUGACAGGCCGCGGGUGCAGCUGCAGGAAUCCUUCAGGAGUUUUUGAUCUUCGUCUUUGUCACUGUUCUUUUCUACCAGGCCUUGCUUUACCCGCCUCUUUCUAGCUCUUCGAUAGUUGUUUGUUGUUUUUCUAUCAACAAAUCUUCCUCUUCUCUGGAACCUGGGACUGGAUGUUACUCUGGUCACCAGCCUUCCUCUGGUGCUCACAGCAAAACCACAAUAAACACACCAGACCACUAGUUUGGUGCUACUUUUA